CAUCUUCUUCGGUUCACCGGUUAAUUCGUGUGAUGUCCUCAGUGUACAUCAAGAUGAUUUUGCUUGGAGUUUGCAAAACAAACCAAGCUCUCAUGUAGUUGAUGCUUGCUGUGGUUUGUGUCAUCAUGCAUAUGAAUGAUCAAAAGAGGAAGUAAAUCUUUCAACAGCCUGAUAUCCGUCUUCUGCUCAUGACGACAGAGGAAAGGCGUCUUUGGACACAUCGUUCCUCCUUCACUGUAAGUAGAAACAGUUUAUUGAUGUGAUGAUUCUGUAAACCUCCUGUGUUCAUUAUUUAAUCUGACAUGUUUUAUGCUGCAUGCUGUUUGAUCAGUUUUCACAUUUUAAAGUUUCUCUUUACUUAAAAAGUAAGACAUCUCUGCACACAGCUUUUCCAACUGAUCCACCUAAACAAGCUAAAGUCAUUAGACUAUAGUUUUCUAAUCAACAUCAUCAUAUCAAACAGUGUGUGUGCUACCAGUCCAUGUGUGAGGUGUUCAUGUUGGCAGGCCUGUAAGUUCCCACGUCUCAUAGUUCUGCAUUUCUGAACUGAAGCAACCUGACCACAGAGAUAAGAAACAAACCAAGAACAAUGAUAUGGCAUUUUCCAUCCUCUCUUAUAACUAAUACUGUGCUCUUCAUCCUGCUCAGUAAAACUGCCUCAUGGUUCACAGGUGAAUGCAUCCCUGUUCCUGCACUACACCUGCAGACUGUGUGACGUCCUCAGUGCUCAUAGAGAGGAACUGUUUUAGCCUCAUCAUUUUUAAUCCUUUUUCAGGCUUUUUUCAGGAGUCAGUAGUAUACACGCAGCAAAGGGGGUCUUUAACCAUAGUUCAUUUAGUUUGAGAAAAGUUGAUACUUUGUAAAACAACAACUCUUUAUUGUGCAGAGGGUGUUUACUGUGGUUUGUGUCAUCAUGCAUAUGAAUGAUCAAAAGAGGAAGUAAGUCUAGUCUUUCAGCAGCCUGAUAUCCGUCUUCUGCUCAUUGACGACAGAGGAAAGGCGUCUUUGAACACAUCGUUCCUCCUUCACUGUAAGUAGAAACAGUUUAUUGAUGUGAUGAUUCUGUAAACCUCCUGUGUUCAUUAUUUAAUCUGACAUGUUUUAUAGUCUCACAGAGAUGAGAGGAGCAGCUAUGAGUUUAACUGCAGCAGCGAGUGGAUUAGUGGUCUUCCUGCUCUCUGUGUCAGUGGUUCAGGGUCAGGAUGUCUGGGGAGUGACUUACUCUUCUACUGAGAUCUGUGCAGUGAAAGGAUCAACAGUGGAGAUAAGAUGCAGAUACACAUACCCAUCUAGAUGGAGAGGUGGUGUUAACACAGUAGAGAAAACAUUCUGGUUUACUAAACAGAAAGGUGGUAAACCUGUAGAUCCGAGAACAGACUCAGAGUAUGCAGGUCGUGUAGAGGAUCUCUGUGGAAACAACAUCUGCACUCUGAGAAUCAGAAACCUGAGAGAGAGCGACUCAGCUCAGUACUGGUUCAGGUUCACAACAAACAAAGCUGCAUACUCGGGUCUUCCAGUCACUCUGUCUGUCACAGAUCUCCAGCUGAAGGUGAGCAGAUCACAACAGUCUACUCGUCUCCAGUGUCUCAGCAGUUGUCCACCUGGUCACACUUCCUACAUCUGGUUCAAGAACGGAGGGAAAAUAAAGGAAGACACAUCUCCACAUGCAGACUUCAGUUAUGGUCCUGCAGAAAGUUACUCCUGUGCUUUAAAGGGAUAUGAGGACUCCCCCUCUCCUUCAGUGUAUGCUCCAAAGAUCCCCUCUGUGUCAGUGAGUCCCUCUGCUGAGAUAGAGGAGGGCAGUUCAGUGACUCUGACCUGUAGCAGUGAUGCUAACCCAGCAGCUAACUACAUCUGGUGGAAGGAUAAAAAUGUACAACUUUCUUUUGUCAAUAAAGGACCACGCCUUCUGUUCAGCUCUAUCCUGUCAUCAGAAUCUGGAGAAUAUUACUGUAGAGCUUUGAAUCUGCUGGGGAGUACAAGAUCUGAAUCCAUCUUUAUUGAUGUGAAAUAUGCUCCAAAGCUCCCCUCUGUGUCAGUGAGUCCCUCUGCUGGGAUAGAGGAGGGCAGUUCAGUGACUCUGACCUGUAGCAGUGAUGCUAACCCAGCAGCUAACUACAUCUGGUACAAGGAGAAUGAAGACUCUCCAAAAGCUUCAGGACAGAUCUUCACCAUCACUGACUUCAGAGCUGAACACAGUGGGAGUUAUUCCUGUGAAGCCCAGAACAAGUUGGGACGUAGUAACUCCACCUUAUAUCUGACUGUUGUUGGAGCAUCAUGGAAGCUACCAGCGGCUGUAACAAUCCCUGUGGUUCUCCUGGCUGUCAUCUCUCUCUCUGUCUUCCUGUGGAUCAGCAGAAGAAAGAGCGCUUCCAGGGAUUCAUCUGAACCUGCAGAGAGAGCGGACAACAGGGAGGAGCCUCUACCUGAUCAGCCGGAGGAGCAGGGUGACCUUCAGUAUGCCACCAUCCACUUCUCCAACAGCCGAGCAGAACCUCUGUACUCCAACAUGAGAGCAGCUCAGCCCCUCAGACACACGGAGCAACAGGAAGUCCCGGAGUACGCUGCCGUCAAGUUCAAGAGUGCUGCCCCGAGGCCCAGAGGGCAGGACUCUGCAGAGGACCCAGCUGCGUUGUACAGCACGGUCAACAAAUCCCACUGAACACAGCAGGCGAUGCAUGUUCUAUAUUUCUAUGAUUCUUUUACAUUCACAUCUGUAAUUUCCUGGUUCAUUUAGAUUUGUUUUAAACACAUAUAGGAUGUGCUUCACCAAGAUUGUGCCUUAGAAACAAUUUUAUAUCUCAGAGAAACUUACAUUUAUACAUUCAACAUCAACGUUAAGCUUAUUUCUUUUACUCUGAUUGGUUCAGCUGCAUUAGAUAUGAAACACAAAGUCUUUUUAUUCACAUUAUUUUAAAAAAGGCUCACUGCAGUACUGCAAAGUGCCACUAGUGGAAAGUAUUUGAAGACUUAAUGCAUUGGUUUGUAAAUAUAACUUUAACAUGAUAUUUGGGCGGGUCCACUGAGAUGUGAGGAUGGGGGGAGGUCUGUGUUCUUACCUUACAGAAAUCUAUCCUGCAGAGGGGGGAGGGUCAUUCAUAUUAUACAUAUUGUUAAAAUAUAUAUAUUAUUAUUACAAUUAUUAUUAAUAUCAUUAUUCAUUUCAGUAUAUAAUUAACUCUAUGGAUAUUACAAUUUAUUUCUAUUAAUAUUAUUAUUAUUUUAUUGUUGUAACAACUAUUUAUUUAUAUUUUAAAUAAUUAUAUUAUAUUUCUCAUUUUCAUUGUUGAUAUUUACUAUUUUUCUUUAAAUAUAUUUGUAUUAUUAUUAUUGUUCUUGUUUUCCACUGCCAGCUCUUUUUGUUGGAAAGCUGCAAAUAUUACGGAGAUAUCUCAACACCUACUCGGUUGAUUGCCGUAUAAUUUAGUUCAUGUACAUAUAUUAUCUCACAGGUUAUUUUGAAGGAUAUUAUAUUCAUUACAUUUUUUAUAUUUUAUGUUCUAAUCAAUAUCCUUUAAUGAAGUACAAAUAUACAUAUUGCUUGUAGAUGGCCACUAGCAGUGUCUAUUAUGCUUAUCCUGUUAUUAUAUUUUAUCCUUUAUUCUGAGUUACUUUUUAUCUCAUGUGACUUUUAUUUUGACAUCAUGCUAUCUGCACGGUGAACCAAUCCUUCCAGAACGUGCACGCUCGCUGAAGGUAUAACACAAGAAGGCACGUUACAAGACAAUGCAUGUCUAGAGUCAGAGAUCUCAAAAUAGUAUUAUAACUUUAAAUUAACGUGUUCUCUAAAGCGUUCCUUGAAGUGUUAUAUUACGUUGCAGCAUUCCUGGUCAAACCCGUUUGAAUGAGUGCUCUAUUUGCUUGGCAGUAGCAGUUUAAAAAAUAACGUAUGAAGUUGCUAGCUAGCUCUCCAACGUUAAGUUAAUGGCGGCAGUCUUCCCUGGAUCACCACUCUUUAGCACCCCUCGAUAUGCGGAGCGAGGUAUGUGUUUCAUUGUAAUGUACUGUCUAUUUCAUAUGUAUUCAUUUCUUACGUUUGUGUAAAUGAUGUAAUGUAAAUAGUAAUGUGAUUCAUUUCAUGAUAAUGUCGUUAUCUAUUUGAUGCUAGCUUGCUUAAGUGCAUUUGUCAAGGCAUUAUUUGUAUCUAGCUAAAUUGCCUUUGUCAUUUUCCUUUUAAGUUUUCACGGUGUUUUGUGCAAUG